GGCAUAUUCAAUCGGUUUGUUGAGAUGUAUCACAACGCGAUCGGAGCUCAUGUUGAAGCAAUGGUUACGGAGGGCCUGACGGACACCCAAAUCGUCCAACUGCUAGGAUGGAUUAAUUCCUACCAGUAAGCAUGUUCCACUCUUUCUCUUAAUAUGUUCUCCUUUAUGGUACGGAGGAAUUCAUGAAAGAGCCGGCCUUGGACAUUGAUUUCAGUGCUCUGACUCUACAGUAUCCGAUUAAUCUGCUACCGGAACAACAAUUGGAUUCUCUGCGAGAGCAAUACGUUUCCAAAACGGUAGAGCGCCUGCGUACUUGGCUCACAAAUUCAUUAACGAAAGAUGCAACAGACUGGCAGCGCCCCACUGCACCUGAACUUGAUGGGUCGUCUUACUAUUUCACCGGCCUCCCCGUUCUCGUGAUGACUCCUUUGAACGAGAUGAUAGGCAAGGGUAAUCUUUUGAACUUCCUCGGACGAGCUGUACGUGAGCGUUUCUUGGUCAAGUGUGUGGAUCAAAUGAGUUUCUUUGUCGGUGAAUAUGACGCUAAAUUAAAGGAGUACCACGUUGCAUACUUACAAGACCGCUCACGAUUUCGAUUCUAUAUUGAGUACAUGCUUGCCAACGCGAACAAUGCGGUCGUGAUUGCGGACAGUUUUAUUUCCGUGAUGAUGGAAGAGCUGACUGAGGAAGUACAGCUCAAGGGGCGCUUACAAUCUGAGGUUAACCUUCUGAAAAAUCAGUUUGGCGUCGUCGCCGACCAUUGUCGGUUGGCUGCAGAGGAGACGAUCCUGAUUGAUUUAAGCAACGUCAUGAAGAACGUCAUGACGCCCCAGUGGUUGCGCCCUGACGAUAUAACAGCAAAUUGCUUUUCUGGAACAUUGGCUGACUACGAUGAAACAUUGCGUCAUCUGAGACCAUCUUUAUACAAAUCUCUGGUCGAUCGACUGGCUGAAAAUGUAUUGCUGGAGUACAUGAAAGUGCUACUUACCAGGAGGUGCGUAUUCAAAUCUGAUUCGGAACGGCGACAGGCAGGGGAAAAGAUUAUCAACGAUGGUCAAGCUUUGAAAACGUAUUUUGAAGACAGUAUGAAUGUUGAGAACGAAGUUAUUGUUGCAUUCGGCGCGCUCUUUGUUGUCGCACAGUUUUUCCUCACGACAGACUCAUCCAUGCUGUCAUUGGAUGUUGCUAAUCUCAUUCGCGAAUUUCCAGACGUUCGCGCCGACCAGAUCUAUUCGCUUCUAAUGGCUCGUGGUGAUCUGCGUGCAAAUGUGGCGAAAGAGCUUGCGGCGGACGAUCCCCAUCAACCAGAAUCGAAGUUGAAACGUUCCCCUCUUUCGCUCUUCACUAAAUUAUCAGAGGCCACACGUCAUUCUUGAGCAUCCAUUUGGAUGUCAUUCCCUCAUUCGCUUUCUACCUCUGCUAUAUAUCUGUGGCUGCUACCUGCUACUACUUGUGAUGUUUAUACCUUCUAAUAACUGUCUGUAUUUUGUCUUUGCUAAUGUUUUUUAAGGUUCUUUUCAAUUGAUCAUCACCUAUCGUCUGGCCACCGGAGUUGUUUCUGUGCUUGGUAGCAGCUACCAGUUUGUUUGUUGUUUGAUCAGAUUAUCUGAGGCACGCUCUUGACUAAACUGUCUUACUCCACCAACUGUUGGCAACACGAACUGGCGUCCCGUAUAUUUGCGCCAUGCUGCUCCACUAUUUCGAAAAACCGAGAGGUCAUUAGUAGAUUCACA